GCGCAAUGUUCAGCUGGCGCUGGGAGCGAGCUGCGGGCUGCUGGGGGAGGCCAGGGAGAGGCGCACUACGAGAUUUCCCGUCUUUCAGAUUUGCCCGUCCUCGAGAGGACGGUCCAGAGGAAGAGGGAAUGGCUUCUGCGGUUCUGCUGGCCAGGGUCCAGGAGGCAGUGACGUUCAAGGAUGUAUCUGUGGACUUUACCCAGGAGGAGUGGGGGUGCCUGAGUCCUGUUCAGAGGGAGCUCUACAGGGAGGUGAUGCUGGAGAACUACAGGAACCUGGUCUCCCUGGGGCUUCUGGAUCCCAAAUCAGACUUGAUCUCCUGGUGGGAAGAAGCGGAAGAACCCCUGGCGUGGCAUCCGCAGGGAGGGGCCCCAAGAAGUGCCCGUCCACCCGAAGGAGGCAGUUCCGGCGGGCGGCUAGGAGCCAGCGCAUGGAGCAGCCCCUCUGUGCCGUCGGCCUGGGAUACUAGAUUUGAGAAUCAGGAAUCACUUCCCAGUCAAGAAGGAGGAGAAUCACCUGGGAUCUUAGUAGAAAGAUUCAGUGAGGAUUUUUCCCAAAGCUGCACAUUUGAGGAGGGUCCUAUCAAAGAGAUCAGGUUGUGGGAGAAGUUUCCGUAUCACCACACACAUCUUAAUCAACAUAAGACACUGCAUAGAAAAGGUAAACUCUAUGAUUGUGAGGAAUGUGGAAAGGUCUUCACAAGGCAUACAAACCUUAUUCUACAUCAGAGACUUCAUACUGGAGAGAAACUCUAUAAAUGUAAAGAAUGUGGGAAGGCCUUCAGCUGUAAUUCAUCCCUUACUCAACAUCAGAGAGUUCACACUAAAGAAAAACCUUAUCAAUGUAAGGAAUGUGGAAAGGCCUUCAACUGGAGCUCAUCCCUUACUCAACAUCAUAGAAUUCACACUGGAGAAAAACCUUACAAAUGUAAGGAAUGUGGGAAGGCCUUUACCAACCGAGCCUCCCUUAUUAAACAUGAAAGAACUCAUAGUGGAGAGAAACCCUAUGAAUGUGAGGAAUGUGGGACAGCCUUCAUUCAGAGAUCAAACCUUACUAAACAUCAGAGAAUUCACACUGGUGAAAAACCUUUUCAAUGUAAGGAAUGUGGGAAGGCCUUCACCAACCAGUCCUCCCUUAUUAAGCAUGAAAGAAUUCAUAGUGGAGAGAAACCUUAUCAAUGUAAGGAAUGUGGGAAGGCCUUCAACUGGAGCUCAUCUCUCACUGAACAUAUUAGAAUUCACACUGGAGAGGAACCUUAUAAAUGUCUAGAAUGUGGCAAAGCCUUCAGAAAAAGUUCUUUAUUUACUCAACAUCAUAGAAUUCAUACUGGAGAGAAGCCUUAUACUUGUAAAGAAUGUGGCAAGGCCUUCAGGCAGAUGUCUUCCCUGACUAGGCACCAGAGAAUUCACACUGAAGAGAAGCCUUAUGAAUGUAAGGAAUGUGGGAAGGCCUUCAGCAAUAGCUCCAAUCUUACUAAACAUCAGAGAAUGCACAGUGGAGAGAAGCCUUAUAAAUGCAAAGAAUGUGGAAAGGCAUUCACCAACUGUUCAUCCCUUAAUAAUCACAAAAGAAUUCAUAGUGGAGAAAGAGUCUAUGAAUUUAAGGAAUGUGAAUCAGCCUUCAGUUGGAGCUAAGCCCUUACUCAACAUAUAUUAAAAAAAAGUAACCUGGAGGAGUAUUCAUUAAUGUGAUGAAUAUGGGAAAGCCUUGUGUAUGAAGGGGUGAGGUCUUACUGAAUUUCAGUAAAUCCAUCCUGGAUAGAACCCCAAGAAUGCAGUGAAUGUGGAAAAUCUUUCAGUCUUUACCACUACUGAAAUCACUUUGUAGGGAAUGCCUACAAAUGUAAAGAGAGGGGGAAAGAAAUGAGUGGUUUUAAGUCAGUCUUGUUCUCUUUCAUUGCUUUAAAAGAGUAAUAUAUUUGCCAAAAGUGAAAGAAACCCCCCAAAAUAUAGAGGGCAAAGAAAUCAUUACAAGGAAAAACCUUGCAGAAAAAAAAUAGCAGUCAGAAUGUAGUAGUGAGCAUACAAAAAAGAGCUCCAAAUAUAAUGAAGAAAUGAUAUUAGGUAAAAGAAAGUUAUGAGACAUCUCCAAAAGAAGAGAAUAAUAGUGUAAUACUAACUAGACACCCAAGCAUGAAAAUGGAACUGCCACAAAGACCCCCAAAGUGAUUGAAAGGCUUUUAAAAAGAAUUGAGAAUUUUAGAAGGAAUAUGGGAGCUCAUCCAAUGGAAUGAGAAAAGAUAAACAAGAAAAUAGUUCAGAACAGAAAGUGGAAAUUCUUAAUUUCAGUGGCUGCACUAAGGGGAUCAGAGCUGUAAUCCAAACAUUCCAAUACACAAAAAGGAAUAUUAGGACAGGGUUGAAAAUUGGCAGAUUUGAAGAACAACUGAAGUCUCUUUGGACAAAAGCAAAGCAACUGACCUUGAAGGUAGUGGUUGAUGAGACAGUCUGAGAACUGUUGGCAUCCCAGACAAAAACAACUGAUGAAAUAUAGAACCCGAAUUCUAUAUUUUAAUAAAUCCUGCUCAAAAAGAGCCCAGAAAGAUUUGAAUGAGUAGCCUAGGAUGCAUUAAAUCCAAGAACACAGACUUCUAUGAUAAGGACUCCCAAUUUGACAAGAACUGGGAAAAUUGGAAAUGUUUGGCAGAAAUCAGCUUUAGAUCUGCAACUCAUGCCAAAAUAAACUACAAAUGGAUAUGAACCUUGAAUACAAAUGGUCACACCAUUAAAAAUAAAGGGGAAAGGAAGGAAUUAUCUAUUUUUUACAACUGUAGUGAAGUAAAGAAUUCUUGACCAAACCAUAGAUUGAAGUCAUCACUUAAGUCAAAAGAGACAAUUAAGUUACAUAAAACAAAAAAGGUUUUGCACAAACAGAAGUGAUGCCACAAGAAUAAGAAGAGAAACUACACUGGGGGAAAAAAUCUGUGUCAGAUAUCACUGAUAAAAGUCUGAUAAUCUAAGAUGUCUAGGGAAUUAACGGAACUGUAUAACACUAAAAAACCAAGUGGUCAGAGGAUACAUAGUUUUCAAAAUAAAAGAAUUGAAACCAUAAUGGCCUGAUGAAAACAUACUCCUAAUUUACUCAUCACAAGAGAAAUACAAACAAAAAAAAAAAAAAGAAAAACAAGCCAUUUAAAAGGUUUCACUUCAAGCCCUACAAAUUGGUAAAGGUGACCAAAAAAUGAGAACAGUCACUGUUGAAGGAGCUGAGGAAAUAUAGGCAUAUGAAUGAACUUUUGGUAAAGAUGUGAAUUGCCCCAACCAUUCUGGAUAACAGUUUAGUAUUAUACAUGAAACAUGACUGAAUUGUUCAUACCAUUUAGAGCCCCCCAUGAAUGUCAAUCAGAAAUAGAUUCAGUAUAUACUAAAAUAUUCAUGGCAGCUCUGUGUGUGUGUGUGUGGUAGCAAAGAACUGGAGACAAAGUAGGUGCCUACAUUUUGGGGAAAGGCUCGGCAACUGAGACGUGAAUGUAAGGAAUAUCAUUUUGUUGCAAGAAGUAAUGAAUAUGAGGAGUUCUGAGAAACAUGGGGACAUUUGUAGGAACUAACACGGUGACAUCAGCAGUACCCGAACAAAUAAACAGUAACUACCGCAGUGGAACUUCAAGGAGCGUCCAAAGGAAAGCAAACAAAUGAAGAAUGGCCCCAGACUGCUUGGGCAGAAUGUUACUUUGUGAGUUGAGGUCACUGUGUGGAUUGUAUUUGCUGAACUGUCUUUCUUUGAUACAAGAGAAGGUACAGUUUAGGGGCACAGUGGAGAUGGUAUAAUUGGAAACAACUAUGUUGUAAAAAGAA